GGUGGAGGGGAUCUUGACAAAAGGUUACAAAACGGUUUUUGUUGACUGGAUUUUCCUUAGCAGAAACACAAGAGUCCCUUUGCUUCUAGUGAGGAGAUUUCAGGGGUGGACCAUAGUUCCCAACAACCGCUCUACGCCAUCUCGUUAGUUCCUUUGAAUCCAAUGUAAGGCUUUAUUAACUCUUAUUGCGCAUGCUCAUUCUAACGGAUGUCAAGUUGCACCCUCAGUAGGACAACCUACAAGUUGCGUCUUAACUUCUUGACCCUAAAUACAACACUGGUUGGGCGUUUCCGGGUUUGCGAGGCAUUCCGGGAAAUGUAGUCCUUGUUGUGCGAAUGAGCUCUAAGUGUCUAUGCGAGGCGAGAAUUUUGUACCGCCGUGCGGGAUAAAGGACAGAUUCACGCGAGACUUAACGGACUGCGCAAGGAAGAAAAGAAGCGCAACUUUGGAAAAAAAACACCCUCGCCUCGCGCGCGCAAACAGGUUUGCUGUGACAGUUUCUGCCGCCCGGUCGUGCAAUGUUGUGUCGUUUCACUCGGAGAGAUUUAAAGUCGAUCACUAUGAGCAUGUUCUACUUUUGUUUGGUAUAGAUACUUCAGGAGCCUCCUAGUAUAGUCAUUAAUAUCGAAGGUUGUAGGCUGACUCUGAAACCAUGAAUCGUGGAAUUAAGUUUGUGGAAAGUCUGAAGAGGAUAGGGUAUUCAGAGGUAGCUUCUCUGAAUGGAGAAGACUUUGAUUGGUUGUUUGAGACGUUGGAAGAUAAAUCAUUUUUGGAAUGGUUUUGUACAAAUCUGACUGAGCAUCAUGCAUUAUCUGAAGAAGAGCUGCAGACUUUUAACAAUCUCCUUAAUUCUACAAAGCCUGUGCUAGAAGAGGCAGCUCUGGAUGAAGUUCUUAAGACCUGUAAGCCCCUCGAUUUGAACACCAGUAACUUUGAAGAAGGAAAUCUUGAGGCACUAGAAGAUGAACUUCAAGCACUCCAAAAGAUUAAAAAUCUAAAGAUUCAUCAUCGUAACAAACUUCAAGCAAUGACUUCAACCAGUAGCCUUCGGUCACUGAAGCUUAAAGAGACUGCAGAGGAAACAACUAAAAGCCUGAAAGAUGAGCAGGCAUUGUUCACUGGCAUGAAUACAAAGAUAAACAAUGAGCUGAAAUCUCUUACUGAAAGAGUUCAGAAGUUGACUACUUUCUUUGCUGUUCAACCCAGUCAGAAAGGGCAAGAGCCUCAUUCUGUGGUGUUGUCCCAGCUUGCCUUAGAUGACUAUUUGUGCCAGGAAGAACAAAGCACUGCAGCCCUUACUCUGUAUACAAAAAAACAGUUUUUCCAAGGAAUAGCCGGGUUGGUUGAAAGUUCAAAUGAAGAAAAGUUUCAGCUUGUUGAUAUAAGGAGUUCGUUCACUGACACUGAGAGCAAUUACAUUUCUGAGGAGCAGCUCGAGCUUACCAGGCUGCAGAUGGCUUAUGUUUGUGCUCAGCAUCAACUAAUUCAGCAGAAAGCCAAGGAUCUAAGCAUGAGAUCAGGUCUUCAGUGGGCAGAGGAUAACAUUUGCUUUUUAAAGAAGGUGACUCAUGGAAAAGAAAAUUUUGAAGCAAGAAUUUCUAGUUUGAACAAUGAGAUCUCAAAAGUAAAAAAACAAUUGUCUAAGAUAAACAGUGAGACCCUGCCUUCACUAGUAAAGAAGGAUGCGGAGUUAUUGAAUAUGCCAGUUGUGAAGGGCAAUUUUGAUCUACAAAUUGCUCGGCAGGACUACUACACAUCAAGACAAGACCAAAUUUGUCAUCAGUUGCUCAAACAGAAGGCGUCGUUUGAAGUUCUUCAGUUGGCUUAUGAAAUUGAGUUGAGAAAACUUAGGGAUAACAGCCGUCUCCUGGAGAAAAUGGUACAAGAUCUGAAGCAGAACAAUAACGUUUUGGAGCGGACUCUAGAAACAAUGUCUGAUCCAUCUAUAUCCCAGUAUAAAAUACCAAGAAGCACUAUUGACUCCAGAGAUAAUGCUACACAUAGGUUGUAUCAGCUUCUGGAAGGAAAGAAUGCAAACCAGUUGUUCAGAACUAAUGAAGGCCUUGAGCAGGUGGCUGAAAAGCUGCGUCUAGACACAGUGUCAUUUCUUGAUCAAUUAGCAGCGCUGAGUCAAGAGCAAACUCUCCUUCUGUCAAAAAUGGAUGCUGAUAUAGUUACUCUUCGUGAGUCUGUGUACUCCAGAGGAGAUGCGGUCUCUCUUAGUAACCAGGAACUGACCGAGCAGUUUCAUCAGCUGGAAUUUCAGCUAAAUAAACUAAAUCAGCUUACUAUGGAUUUUCUUGCUGAUAUAAAAGCUAAGAAGAAAGUUUUGGAGAACAAUAAAUUACAACAGAUUGAAAGAAAAUUAUAUGUUUACUUUUUUAAAGAUGAAGAACGCUUGAAGAAUGUUGUAGAAAGAAUGGAAAAACAGGCAAAGACUUAAGUUAUUUGUUUGGAAUACUGGACAACUUGUUUUGGAUUUUUUUAAGGUGCUGCUUUUUGUUCUGUGGCAAAUAAAAACCCUAAUUUACAAAGCUCAGUGAUAUAAGACAUUUUGCAAGUGCAUAUCAUCUCCAUUCCAACAAAAAAGGCAGAGUAUCUUUUCACUCUUGGGCUCUUUCCGCAUGGGCCAAAUGAAGCGUCCCAGGGACGGCAAAAACGCCAUCCCUAGGAGAGCGUUCGCAUGGCCACCGUUGCUGCAUUGCAGCAGCGCCGUCCUCCCUUUCCCCAGGCGGAGUGAAGCUGUCCCUGACAACCUCGCUCAUUGAGCGAGGUUUUAAAAAAACUGCGUCUUCCUUGCAGCAUGGUGCGAACCGCACCGCAGGGAAGCUGCCCCUUUCCCUGUCACUCCCACUC